AUGUGCUCCUUCCUCGAACUCCCCGAAGACAUACACCUCUACCUGUGCAAAAGUCUUUACCCGCGGCAUAUCAACAAUCUUAUCCAAACAUGCAGGACACUACAACAUCGUCUCGACCGGGAAUUAUGGCGACUUGGGACUGCGACGGCAGAGGACAGAACCAUCACCCUCCUCGAUGCAGCUUCAAGACACAGCCUGACCUCAGUGCAAAGGCUUUUUAAGCUAUCUGUUGAUUACGACCUGAGCAUUUCGGAUGAUGCAGUCCACAGAGCGUUGAGAAUCGCGGCAAAGGGAGGUCAUGAAGAUCUUGUGGCCUUUCUCUUGACGAAAGGAGUGGAUUACAGUCAUGAAGAAAGAUACCGAAAUCAUGGAACAUCCUGGGAAAUGGCAAAAGAACCCUCAGCUUUGCAAAACGCCGCAGAACAGGGACACCUAGGGAUAGUGUGUUUGUUGCUCAAGCAUGGAGCUACCGUCUUCGAUAAGACUCUCGCCCUCAAUCUUGCAAUAACAGCUAAGCAUGAAGACGUGGUGAGCAUGCUUCUGGAUAGCACAGACCCUGAUUAUUCGGACUUAGUCAGAUCAGCUUUAGAAUAUGGUUCUUUGGAAGCCGCGAUUACAUGCAAGAAUGAGCAUAUCUUUUCCAUGCUGCUAGAUUGCGAUAUAGAUAUCAACAGACCCGCGCCACAGGGAACACUGCCAUUGUUGUCCGCUGUACGGUCAGGCUGGGUUUGGGCUGUGAAAAAGCUUUUAUCUCGAGGGGCCAACUUAGAGCUGACUGAUGAGUAUGGCAACACGGCUCUCCAUGGCGCUACGGGAUUCGGCGAGACUCCUAAUCGCGUUGAGAUCGUGCGUCUGCUGCUGGAAAGCGGCUCUGAUCUGACAUGUGAGAACCGUGACGCAGAAACACCAGUUUCUUACGCUAUUGAAGCUCAACAUUAUACUCUGCUGAAGCUCUGGAUAACCGAAUAUGGGCUUUCUGUGGACACGAUCAAAAGCAAAGAGGCCUUAUUAUGCGUAGCAGCAAAGAAUAAUGACAAGGACUUAACAGCACGACUACUCCAGCUGGGGGUAGACGUCAACACUGGGCAAUGGGACUUGAGCGAUACAUGGCCAGCACUAUAUUUUGCGGUCAUCGAAAACCAUACGGAAAUCAUGGAGCUCCUGGUCUCGAAUGGCGCAGCCUUGGAUUCAUUUCCUGGAAAUCAAUUGUCAGCUGUUAUGGAUAUUGGGAUUAUGGAGCUUUCUGGCUCGCAAGCCACAGUCAUGUACCCGGUUUCUGAAUCCAAUCUACCCACUCCCCUCCAUGUAGCACUCUGGAAAGGUCACGUGGCGGCUGCUGAAUGGCUUUUGCAUAAAGGCGCAGAUCUCAAUCGAGUUGCAAGUCGGAUAUACGAAGUGGAUGGUUCUGGAUCUAGCGUUGAAGUUAGGUGGACUUCAAUGCAUUUCGCCGCUAUUGGAGGGAUGGAAACCUUAGAACUCGUUAUGCGCCAUGGCCAUCAUGAAGUACCAUGGGGCGCCGGGCCCUUUGCUUCUCUUUGGGUGUCGGCAAUUGAUGGCCAGGGUUCCACCGACAAGUGUCUCUUGUCGGCUGUAUAUGACUUAUGCCAUGACAGCAAAACCGGCGAGUACCUGGACCCAGUUCAUCUUAAGACGUUCGAGUUACGUGGAUGGAUGAAAGUACCUACACUGCACGCUGCUUUCGAGAUUGCUGGUCUUGACAUCGGAGCAAAAGACGAAUCAGGAAAAACGUUACUGCACUAUGCCGCGAUGAGUGAUAAUCUGCCAGUCAUCGAGUACCUUUUGGAACAUGACGCUCCGGUUGCUCAAUUGGAUAUACAGCAUCGAACGGCCCUUUAUUAUGCUGCUUGGAGAGGCAGCCCAAAAGCAGUUCGCAUGCUUUUAGCGCACGGCGCCAACUCGAAAUUGACAGUGACACUACCACGCGAGCAUCAGCCGAUAUGGGCUUGCCUUUCUACGCUAGUCAAUUCCCCCGUUUAUUCCGCAACACAAGUAGCUCAUGCGGCUGGCCAGGCACUAGAAAUUCUCGAACAGCUCGUCAAGGAUGGCGUUGAUAUAAAUAUGGCCUGCGAAGGGCGCACUCUGCUCCAUGAAGUACUGUGGGGCGAAACUCGACAUCCAGAGCCCCUUGUGCGACUUUUGCUCAGACUAGGGGCAGAGCCCAAUGCUGUUGAUGGCCAUGGAGACACGGCAGUGCAGCUUGCUGAGAAGCGUGGAUGGGAUCAAGUGGUGGAUUUGCUGCUGAGAGCGGCGGGUGGACUAGAGAUUGAGCCUCUAGAUGCCAAUUAG